GCAUGUGCCUUUAUUUCCCUGCUGUUAGCGAGACUGUUUUAUCUUCUGGCUUUUUGCUGCCGCCUGCAGGAAAAAGAGGUGAUCUCACCGGACGAUUUAGCAUGCAUGGGCUUCGGCCAGUGAGAUCCGUAACUUGUCAAAAAUGAAACUUCAUUGAUGCUUCAUUCAGCGGCUUUACAAGCAGGCAAGGAUGCUGUGCAUCCGCUAGCAGACCCUUAGUAUGCAUGGCUCCUUGUGCCUGUCUCCCCCGUUAUACAUCAAUGUCUCGUUUAAUGAAUAGGGUGCUUGACCGACCGGAUAAUAAAGGAUUGCAUUGCAUUUGCAGAAUAGCAAAUAAGGGCAGUGAAUCGCAAGAGUGUGAUUAAUCCGUCCGUAGCACAGAGCCAGAAAGACUUGAAGGAGAGUUUUAAAAGUACGGGAGACUCUCUGUGCACGGCCCCUAGACCGAGGCGUUCUCUAAAUGAGCAGAAAGAGUUGGGAUGUAUGGACAAAUUGCACAGAAAAAAAGGGGCAAAAAUACUGUUCGUGACUCAAGCCGAAAAUCGGCAAGCCAACGACCAUCCGACUGCUUCCACACACAUCCGUCUCGACCGUGGGCAGCGGAGCCACGUGAGAAAUCUCCAGAGUUCCCACGAAGCUCCUGGUGAAAUCGCCGGGCUGAGAUUACUAGUGAGGGAAUGCUGAUUGAUGAAUGCAAGAGGCAUCUGUCGGUCGCUUUGCGGAUCACAGGAAUACUGUGAAAAAUUUCAAGGAUGGAAUAGUCCAGACUUUUGGGCCUGAACACCUGCAGAUCAACACCAGAAAGCAGCAUUUCUCACCAUUAAACAGCAAGAAAUCCUUUCAUGAUCUUACCUCAGAUAUCUGUUUGAGACAGCAUAAAACACUGCCUGAAAAGAGAGGUUUCUCAUCGACAGCAUUCCCUCAGAAUUUCAAAUUCAAACAGAAUUAUUUAACUUUCUGAAAUAGUCUUCUGUCAUUUUGAAACUAAAUUAGUUACUGCAGUUGUCCUCUGAUUUAUGUGUACUUGUAAUAUCUAACCUUCUAGUACACAUUUAUGGAGAUUGUGUGCUGAUACAAUAUGAAGAAUUGAUGAAACACAUUUGAUUAUGCUUGCAAAAUGUUCUAAGGGGCUGGUAGAUCAUGUGAGUUGUGCUUAAUCUGAUGUAUCUAAUGUUAUUCGCUAUUUAUUGCUUGGUACUGAAGUGAUGCCGGUCUCCAGCUUGCAUCAUUUACAUUCCCUUAGUUACCACAUGAUUAUUUCUCUUUUCAUGGAUUGAACUGAUUUUUGUUUAUCUCAUAUCACAUGCAACUUUGCAUUAAAAUAUAAUAUCACCCAAAAUGGAUAUUGAAGAAGAAAAUAAAAGUAAUAUCACAGCCCUGUCUGACAAUGGUGAUAACAAUUCUUUAUAUGGACAAGGUCUCCCAUCUUGGGAUGAUUAUAUUGGAAGCAUACAUGACAUACGAUAUUUACUGGUUGGAAUUUAUACGUGUAUAACAGUUUUGGGCCUAGUUGGUAAUUUUUUUGUUGUGGUUGCAUUGUGCAAAAACUUAAAACAGAAAUCAAUGAUUAACUUUCUGAUCGGAAAUUUAGCCUUGUCUGACACUUUAAUUUUAUUAUUUUGUUCUCCGUUUACAUUGACCUAUGUACUUCUGGACCAAUGGAUCUUUGGUGAGAUCAUGUGCUACAUAGUACCAUUUGUUCAGUGUGUAUCUGUUAUGGUUUCUAUACUAAUGCUGAUGUCAAUUGCAAUGGUUCGGUAUCAGAUGAUAAACAAUCCACUAUCCAAUAAUUUUACCAUAAAUACAGGUUACCUGUUAAUGGGAACUGUGUGGAUUAUUGGAUUUACUAUUUGCUCACCCUUGCCCAUCUUUCAUAAAAUAAUAGACCUAAGUGAAACUGUUCACUUAGAAUCUUUAAAAAAUAAAUUCUUAUGUAUUGAGGCAUGGCCGUCCGAUUCUUACAGAUUCGCCUACACUUUAUCUUUGCUAUUCAUUCAGUAUAUUUUGCCUAUAGUUUGCCUAACAGUCAGCCAUGCCAGUGUGUGCAGGAAGAUAAGUUCCACUGUGCCCAGCACACAAAGUAGGUCAGAGGAGAAUGAAAUGAUAAAUUUAACCAUACAUCAGCCAGCUAACAGACAUCUGUUGGAACAACACCCAAAGGUGCAAGCAGGGAACUGUUCCCUCCUGAGAAAGCACAAGAGAUACAGCAGGAAGUGUGCCAGUGUCAUGCCUGCCAUGGUCAAGGUCCACAAGAAUGACCAGACACACAAUGGUUCGAAGAGUGCACAGCCGGCCUCCUUUCUACCGGGUGUACCCAUUUGCUUUGAAGUGAAACCAGUGGAAUUGGAAGAGACUACUGAUGCACACAUUAUUCCUGUGACACCAAAAUCUAUCACCAGAUUGAGGAAACGAUCCCGUAGUGUUUUCUACAAACUGACCAUAGUAAUUGUUGCUUUUACUGUCAGCUGGAUGCCUCUGCACAUCUUUCACCUUUUAACUGACUUCAAUGCCAAUCUGAUUUCCAACAGGCACUUCAAACUGGUUUAUUGUAUUUGCCACUUGUUGGGCUUGCUGUCCUGUUGCCUAAAUCCUAUACUUUAUGGAUUCUUGAAUAAUGGUAUAAAAUCCAGUUUACCAUCCUUGGUCAAAUGCUUUUGGGUAAAAUAACACCUAGAGAGGGCAAAAACUGAGGUUUGUCAUGUCAGGCUUUAAUUAAGUAUGUUUCUCAGUCAUAUGGGCAAUUAACUAAAUUCAAUUUGGCAGUAUGACUGUAAUCAUAUACUUCUGAAACAAUCCAAUUCAUUCUUUCAUGUUCUAUAUUAAAGAUUUUAUUGAAAGGUAUUCACUAUCUUUACCAAAACCUUGACAAGAAAUUUAAUACAGAUUUCUACUGAGUUUUUCAGAGAACAAAACCAAAAAAAAGUCUUGUGAUGUUAUUCAUCUGUCAUGAAUGAAAACAUUUAGAGAUACUAGAAGUAUUCAUAAAAUGAGCUAAUGUAAGAAAAUCAUUUUUUAUCUCGUGAAUAUUUAUUGACUCAAUGAGUCAAUUGGACAAUGUGGUCUUGUACUUUUCUAAAGCUCAUUGACAAUAUUUUAACAUUCAGAUAUUAUCAAAGGAAGCUUUUUAAACCAAGGUUUUGAUGUCAAACUGUUUUGAACCAAAGAGCAAUUAUUAUAACAGCCAUCUUCUAUACUUUUCACUAUCACCUAAUGUGAAUGGAAGUUACAAAUUCAGACAGGACAAAAUAUAUAUGCCAAGCCACUAUCAAAAGCACUCUCUAAACCAUGCACUAUAACAAGUUACUCAAAUAAUAUCUCAUUUAACUAGGCUAACUAAUGUUUCAAACGUAUUUAAACUAGUCUAAUUAGUAAAAUGCUACUAAAACGUUCUGCACAUUGCUCACUUUUUAACAUAUUCAAAACCUGUUUGCAAGAAGAACCAAAUUAAAAGUAAUUCAGGAAAACUUAACUUUACGUAUAUGGAAGUAGAAUAUUGACACUUUAAAAUGUUACCUUUGCUUCAGUUCCAUGUGACUGAAAUAUAAAAUAACAUGUUUUUCUUUGCUAUUUGCUCUAGUCAAGUGAAAUAAAAGUCAGAAAAUUCAUUUCUGAUACAGUAACCCCAUAAUAAUCUCUUACAUACAAGACUCAUGCAAUCACUGAUUGCUGUUUUCUUUUCCUAUUAAAUACCUGAUAAAAGAAAAUGUCUGAUAUAAUUCAGACAAAAGUAUAAUUUAUUUUAAGUAGUUGAUAUCUUAAGAUUAUUUUUGCAGCUGAAAGAACUGGCUAGUUUAAUUAGAAGCAAUACUUUAUGAAAAAUAGAUUGCACGUAGAAUCAUGGUAAUCUGAAGAAUAUAAACUUAAUUUGCAAUACAUUGUUUCUGAUUGAGGUGUUAUUAUAGAAAAAAUAUGAAUUGAUCCUGGCUAUGAUAAAUGAAAAGUAUUAAAACCUAAAAAUAAUAAAAUGAAAAUAGGAUGAUACUUUUGGAAUAUUAUACCUUAUUAUGUUUCUAUAGAUAACUUAGAUAGUAGUUGCACCUGCAUGCAUUAGUUAAGUGGUUGUGGAAGUAAUGACUUCACUCAGUUACAUUUAGUUUUCAUGAAUUUGAUGGAUUUUGUUGAGAGCUAGUUUCAGUUUGCAUAGAAUGUUUAUGUUUGCUGAAAGACUGGUAUUAGUAGUUUGCAACAGUGAUUUUUUGUCUGUGGACAGUGAUAAGAACAAAUAAUGCCUGAAAUGUUCCAGUGAUAAACACUUAUGUUGUCUGAAUAUGCAUUAUCUGUUUUUAUGAUGUGAAGUAUGUUCCAAAGCUUGAAUGCACCAGCGUCUUCUGCUAAAGAGAAGACAGAUUUAAAAUAAAUAACUCCCAAAUAAGAACUAGUUUUGUAAAUGAAAUAAUUCAAAGGUGAAAUGGUUGUAGAAUAAAGGAAAAUUAUGCUUUCAUAUUUAAAUAUUGUAUUUACAAAAAACGUGUACAUUAUUUCUAUUUGGUAAAUAAGACUGAUAUGUAAAUCUUGAAACUAAAUAUUUCUUCAUCAUAAUAUUACAAUAAAUUAUAA